CAUUCCUGGUCCAUACAAACCGAAAUCCUGCAAACCAGAUCCCGAUAUUCUCUCCGCCUUCUCUAUUCCUUCCUUUUGGCUGUACACAGUACACUACGAGGAUUCAGAAGACGAGCGGAAAAAAAACAAAAAAAUUGAAAGAGAAGAAGGGAACUUUGAUGGGUUCCGUUCCCUUCUCCAUAUCAUCAUCCCCCCUUCCUCCUCCUCCUCCUCCGUCCGAAGAACUAGAUGAAGAACGCGCAAACGCCGCCACCGCUCUCCUCUCGAAUCAGUCGUCCACCUGCUCUUCUCGUAUAUCUCCAACUGCCCCCCUCUUCUCCUUUUUGGUUCUCAUCACCUGCCUCGCCGUCGCCACCGCCUUCGCCUUCGCCUUCCUCUUCUACUCUUCCUCCUCGUCCGCCUCUGCCCACCAUUCUUCCAUCUCCGAUCCAAAAAUCCCACCUUCGUUUCAGCGAGCACCCCUCGCCCGCCCUCUCGCCAAACUCCCACGCCCCGUCGUCAUUCUCAUCUCCUCCGAUGGGUUCCGCUUCGGCUACCAGUUCAAGACCGCCGCCCCUAACAUCCACCGCCUGAUCGCCAAUGGAACGGAGGCCGCGACCGGUCUGAUCCCCGUCUUCCCGACGCUGACUUUCCCCAACCACUACUCCAUUGUCACAGGGCUCUACCCGCCGUACCACGGCAUCAUCAAUAACCACUUCGUCGAUCCGGCGUCGGGGGAUGUCUUCUCCAUGAACAGCCACGAGCCUAAGUGGUGGCUCGGGGAGCCGCUCUGGGAGACCGCCGUCAACCAGGGGUUCAAUGCCGCCACCUACUUCUGGCCCGGUUCCGAGGUAAAGAAAGGAUCUUGGACCUGCCCUGCUAAGUUCUGCCGGAAAUAUGAUGGCUCGGUGCCGUUUGAGCGGCGGGUGGACACUGUCUUGAGCUAUUUUGAUCUCCCCGGCAGUGAGAUCCCUGUUUUCAUUACACUAUACUUUGAGGACCCGGAUCAUCAGGGCCAUGAGGUCGGUCCCGACGACCCGGAGAUCACUGCUGCAGUAGCUCGGAUCGAUCAAAUGAUCGGGAGAUUGAUCGCAGGGCUCGAAAAGAGAGGAAUUUUCGAGGAUGUCACGAUCAUUUUGUUGGGGGAUCAUGGAAUGGUAGGUAAUUGCGAUCAAAAGCUAAUUUUUCUCGAUGAUUUGUCUCCAUGGAUCCCUAUUCCGCCUGACUGGAUCCAUUCCACCAGUCCAGUGCUGGCAAUUCGACCUCCUCCUGAUGUUUCUCCAUCAGAUGUGGUAGCCAAAAUGAAUGCAGGAUUGAGAUCGGGGAAGGUCGAGCAUGGAAAUUACCUGAAAAUGUUCCUUAAAGAGGAUUUACCCAGUCGGCUUCACUAUUCAGCGAGUUACAGGAUUCCACCAAUCAUUGGGCUGCUGGAAGAAGGGUACAAGAUCGAACUGAAGAGGCCGAAGAGGAACGAGUGCGGAGGAAGCCAUGGCUAUGACAAUGCUUUCUUUUCGAUGAGGACCAUCUUUAUAUCCCACGGACCUCAGUUUGAGAGGGGCAGGAAGGUGCCAUCUUUCGAGAAUGUUGAAAUAUACAAUGUGAUCGCUUCCAUUCUUAAGUUGAAGGGAGCUCCAAACAACGGAUCGGCUUCAUUUCCAAGUACCAUUCUUCUAUCAAGUGCUUGAGGUGAUGUUCGACUUAUGCCAUAGUAAUUGUAGAUCGUUUUGAAUAAUGUUGGUAAUUCGACUUCAUUGAUAGGGCUGCCAGCAUUUCUUUGGCCAUAUAUUUUGAUAACCUUAUUUCUUCCACCCUCUGGCUUAGAGCAUUCCAGCAGGGGGUUGGUCCACCAUGUUGGCACUUGGCUUUGUUCUUCCUGAUCUUAAUCUUCUCUCAUCUGGUAGAAAUUUUAUGUGUCUCUGCAGAAUAGUUCAUGAAAUUUAUGGUUUACAGGAUAGUUCAUGAAAUGCUUCAUUACUUGUCAUACGGAAAAAUUAUUUGCAUUGCUAUUUCCUGUAUGUCUUGGAAUACUUCAGUGGGACCAUUGAAUGAUUGAAAGAAUUGAGACAGUGAUACUAUAUUUGGUUCUGAUGUUGGAUUAUAAUUUAUUUGACUCAUCCUGUUCUAGAUCCAGAUAAUGUUUAAUAACAUGCGAACUCAUUUCAAGACAAGCAUAUCUGAUUGAAAAUGCUUGCACAAGAGAGUCUGCCAGAUAUUGCCUUUACAAUGUUUUCACCACCUAAAAUACAAAUUCAAAUGCAAGGGAUGAUUUUUAUAACAGCAAGUAACAAUAAUAAGAAGUGACAGAGCUGUGUAUUUUCAUGGAGCAAUGAGUACAUAACAAAGAGUUUUUAGAUUGUCUUCAAUCAUGUGUUUGUUUUGUCUGUUACAAUUAACAACAUAUAUGCUUGUGCUCACAGGGUCUUCAUCAAAGCAAUUUUAUCUGCUUUUUUAUAUCUCUUAUGAUUUUUGAUGCAAUGACUGGAGUCCCGCUUUAUUUUACGGUUACAUUUUACAGUCCUGGAAAAGCUUAGAUGUGCAUUUCUCUUUUUCUGUGGGACUGAGAUUAGCUUUCUUUGUGAAAAUCUAUGUAUUAAUUAGCAUGCUCCUAUAAGGAUGAGUUUCUUUACUUGUUUCUUGAUAUCUUUACUUUCUAUUAUAUUUGCUAGCUAACCCCUUGCAUUGUUGGGUUCAUGUAUUCUAAGAAUAUCAUGAAAUUGUGCAUCCUCCUGCAUUGUUCAGACUAGCAUAGAAGUUGAAUUUCUAUGGAUUAUCAUAUGAAGUUCUAAACUUUUUCUUGUAAAACAUUUAAUUAGGGAGAAUUGCUGAAAUAUUAUUACUUGCUUAUUAGUGCAUAACCAUAAUGACUAAGCUUUGUUCUCAAGGUUCUCCAUUUUGGUAUCGGAUUUCGUAACGGUGCCACAUUAAUAUAGUAUCAGUACGGUACGGUACAAAAUUUUUUUUGUGUACCGAGUGUCGGUACGCUACCCGUAUCCAGUAUUGGUACUGAACUGGUAUGGUAUGCCCCAUACCAUCCAAUUCGGGCCGAUACGGCGUACCAUGCUUGUUCUGACUAUCGCUUUUUUGAAUCCUUGUUCAUCAAUCUUUCUUGCUAAAUCCCAGGUUGAUGUUGUUCUUGCGAAAAAUCCUAUCUAUUUGUUUUUUUGCAUGUAUACUCCUCAAAAGUUUCUGCUAUGAUGCAUGUUCAAUAAGAACCGAAGAAUGCUUUCUAUUAAUGAUUUUGGAGUUCCAUGGAUAGAUUCCUUUUCUGUUCAGAAAAUAUCAAAUGCACAAAACUUAGUUCAUGAGAAAUGUUUCUUUGAAAAGAAGUAAUGAAAUUUUCUAAUGCUUGCAUAAUAAGACAUUCUGCCAGCAACUAUUAGCUUAGUCGAUCGGCAUCUUUCUCCUAAAGGCUUGCCCUUGGAAGAGGUCCAGGUUUCAAAUCAAUGUAUUACUCGAAAAGUAAAAUAAGAUCCUAUGGAAAUUUUUAACUUUGGUUUAAAUCAGAUUACCUAUUUGACCACUUUGAUACUAUUGAUCCUUCUAAUGGAUAUGAAAAAUCAGCUGCUAUUCAUUUUCUGGAGUAACUUCAUGCAAGACAGUUGAAAACGGCAAAUGAUUGUUUGCCUACCCUCAUUGUGGAUAUCUCAUCUGGUUUUAUUUGGCAACUUCUUGUUUUAUGAAAAAAAUAGUCUCUUGCAGUGCAGAUUUGGCUUGGCUUGGCCCAUAUGGUUCUCCCAUCUGCUUCAGGCCUGCAGUUGGAUGUCAAUGGGGUGCCAUGUGGGCUUAGUAUUUUUGGACAACUUGAAUGCUGACAAUAUGAUUUGGUCAGAAUGCAACGAGCAGAGGCCACCACUUCUCUAAAAAAAUCUACCUAAACGAUUAUAAUUUUUUGUAUAUGAAUAGAUUGAUCCAGUCAUAGUUUCAAUAUUCUCGAAAAUACCUUGAAUUAUUCUCAAUGUUUUCCUUUGUCAAAUAAUUUCCGGUUUCUUCUUGGACAAUUAAGCUAACCAAGAAUUAUCCAAUUACUCAUAAAUGCUAUGAUUUAUUUAUGAAUAUCCAUAACAUGCUCAUGCUUUGGCUAUUUGUUAUCAUUUUAUUUUCUUCAUAUUCUUAUUAUUACAGGUGCAGUGUACACGACGAAAAAUAUAAGCGACUAGCUUUCUUAUUUGAUCAUGGUUAUUUUUGUAUGCUUUGUCUUGGUCCUACUAAAAUUUUCAAAGAUUUUUGGUGAUUUGUGUAAUUUUUUUCUCAGUUCUAUUAGGGAGAGAAGACCUGCACUAUAAUUAUCCAAGUAAUUGUUUCGGAUUUUCGAUGAAAUUUUUGUAUUUUUUCCCUCAAUUUUUCAUUUUUUGCGGAGGGAAGGAGAUUUGCGUAUGCUGUAAUUAUCCAAAUUCAGAUUUUCUAAAUGCACCAUCUUAGAGUUAACAUAGAAACUUUGGUUGCUAAGUAGAGAGGGUGGAUUGGGCCCUAUUCACUAUCCAUUAUACCUCCUUUUCCCCCUUCUUCUGGGGCAUACAAAUAUUAGUAUGAAAAUUUGGUUUAACCCAACUUAAUGGACUUUGAGCAAUUAUCUUAAGACCUUCAGAAAUACUGGCACCUUUUCAGUACAAAGUCACAAAGUAAAAAACCAGGAGGGCUCUAAAACUAAUAGUGGCCCCGAGAUUUGUCGACACGAGUUGGAGACAGCGAUUGGGCAUGAUACAAUUAUGAGCUUGAAGGAACGAGCUAAGAUCCUCUCCAUUCUAUGCCCGACCCAUCUAUCACUUGAGGGGCACUAAAUGUUGAGAGUUUUCUAUGUUGAGAGUUUUACAAGACUUCGGCCAUCUCAAAAAGGUAUAGACUCGCAUCCAUCCAUUCACCCAAUGCAAAUAAAUAGUGGAUUGUGUUGGCAAGUCACAUGGAGCUGGUGAAACCAAGCAUAAUUUAGUAGUUGUUUGUCAGGUGCUGCUAUAACUAAUGCGAUACAAGGCUCCUUGAGGGUCACCAUAUGUAUCUUUUAGCAUGUUUGAUAAUUUAAGAUGGUCCAAGAGUGUAUUUUGUGAGGAAAAAUACUUAUUUUUUAUUUUAAAAAAUGCAUGACUGGAGCUGUGUUUCAUGCUCAAA